UCGACGCUCACAAAGAAGAUGGCGGUCGAGGAGCAAACCAACACUAUACCAUUACUUGAUCAACUGGAUACGAAAGCAACCAAGAGGAUUGGCGAUAUCACCGUGGCCAAUGUUACGGAGGACCUGAUGGUUCACAAGCCUCCCAUAUCAUUCGAGGAGAUUCCCGGCCCGGCACUCCUUAAGCUAUUGGACAAGUAUUGGAAAUACGUGCCGCUACUCGGUACGCAACUUUUUCGCAGUGUGCUAAUCAACCGUCUCACCGAGGGACGUUUAACGUGGAAUCGAAAUAUCAGACCGUUGAAAUAUUUGUUUAAUGAAUAUGGACCAGUUGUUCGAUUAAAUGGGCCAUUUGCAGGAGACAUUGUGCUUAUUCAUAGGCCCGAACAUAUUGCGAAAGUUUUUGAAGAAGAAGGUGACUCACCUACCAGAAGUGGUAUCGAUGUACUUCAACAUUAUCGAUUAAAUUAUAGGAAGUAUCGAUUUAGUGGACCCUACAAUUCACAAGGAUUACAAAGUAUGCAGUGGCUACAAACGAAGAAAGUUUUGGAAACACCUAUUGCUAAGCAAAUAAAUAAAGAAUUUGAAAAAUUCGAGAUGGCAUGCGACGAAUUAUUAAUUAGAAUUCGUCAAAUAAAAAAUCGACAAGACGAGGUGUCCGGUGACUUCAGUAAUGAGCUAUCGCGAUGGAGCAUGGAAUGUUUUUGGAUUUUCAUGAUAAGUAAAAAAAUAGGAUUUCUCGAUUCGACAAGUUACAAUAAGAACUCGGAGAUCACUCGAUUUAUCGAAACUCUCGCAACUGCUCAUCACUAUAUGAGUCGAUGUGAAACUGGAUUUCAAUUCUGGAGGAUGAUAGACACGCCCUAUAGUAAGAAAUUAUUCAGCGCAUGUGAUAUUAUUGAUGGGAUAAUUGGAAAAUACAUUCGAAAUGCACAGAGUCAUGUACGUAACAAUUUGUCAAUGCACGAAGAUGAAAAUCAGCAUCGCUUGACAAUUCUCGAAAAUCUUCUUUUUAAGCAGCGUAUGAACCCAGAGGAGUUGGCAACUUUAUUAAUGGAUAUGAUAAUCUUAGGAGUUAAUGCGACAACCAAUAGUCAAGCAUUUUUGCUUUAUUAUUUAGCCAAGAAUCCUCGUAUACAAAGACGCUUACACGAAGAAGUAAUUUCGAAAACACCAAAAGAUCAUAGUUUCACGAGCAAAACAUUUAUCGAUAUGCCAUAUUUAAAUGCAUGUAUAAAUGAAUGUUUAAGGUUGCGACCAGCAUUUCCAUAUAUAACGAGAUUGUUGUCAAAGCAAAUAAUACUACAUGGCUACAAGAUUCCUAAAGGCACUUACAUCAUUAUGGCUAAUCAAAUAUCAUCUCAACGGGAAGAAAACUUCGAAGAUCCGGAUAAAUUUAAGCCGGACAGAUGGUUAAAGAGUUCCGAUGAUUCUUAUCCUCAAAAUAGUUAUUUACCUUUUGGAAAAGGUAUUAGAAACUGUAUUGGAGAGAAUCUUGCCAAGCUAGAAAUGAUGCUUCUUACAAUAAAGAUAAUUCGCGAAUUUAUAAUCGAAUAUGAUUAUGCAGAUAUAGAAAGCCGCUUCUUAAUGAUGAAUGUACCGGAUAGACCCCUUCGUUUCCGCUUUAUUAGCAGAAAUUGAAAAUCAGUUAUCAUUUAUAAGUUAAAUUAAUAUGUAAG